UUAACAGCAUUGUGAGACAGUGAAACAUAAAAACAUCAAAACAUUACAUUUGUUGCAAUCGUUUUAGUGUUCAAAAACAAAUUUCGCUGCAUGCAAUCUUGUUUUGGUUUAUUUCAAAGUGGUCAAAAUGAUCUAUAGGCUAUGAAGAAAUAACUUUAUUGAGGGGAAAAUGAAAACUAUUUUUUAUAUUGUUAAUUAGAAGCAUGUUACUCAACAAUAGUCAUGCUGUGGAUGUUCCGUUGAGUUUGGUUUGGCAGCUCACCAAACUUGAGAAGGAGGAAAUGUUCAGAGAUCAUGGUGUUAUUUUGUAAAAUUCCACAAUGUAAACUGGAAUUUGGGGAGGAAUUCACAACAGAGCAAAAAAACUAUAACUACAGUCAUGAGAUGUAGCUCCACCCAACAUGAAGUGGAGCCACCUUCCAGGUGUAGUUACACAGUAUAAAUACAUGUGAAAAGUUGAAACUGAGCACCUGCAUUGAGACUCUUAAAACCAGACAGCUGACGUCUUUGAUAACUUCAACAAACCUCAUCAUGUCUGUCCUUGGAGGAUUCAGUGAGACAAAAGAUGCCACUAAGGAAAUUCAGAAGCUUUGUGAUCAGGUGCUCAAAGUAGAAAAGAAAACAGGGAAGAAUUUCAAAGAAUACGUAGCUGUAAAAUACAGGGAGCAGAUUGUGGCUGGAACAAACUUCCUCAUCAAGGUUCAUGUAGGAGGAGUCCAGUACAUUCAUCUGAGUGUCUUUGAAGCACUUCCAUGUAAUGGAGGAGCAGUUGAACUGAACGGUGUACAGGAGAACCACACCAAAGACGACCACCUCGAGCCUUUUUUAAAGUGAUCACAUCACCUGUUUCAACUGCUCAGUAACUCUUAUCAAAAUACUUGGUUCUGAAAUCAAUCUACACUGCAGUAAAGUCAUUUUGGUGUUUCUAAAGAAUGAAUAAAGAAAGCAUCAAAAACA